AUGAGCAGCAUCAUCAUGGCUGUAGGUGUCUGGGUCAUCGUAUGCGGCGUCGUCUCCAUGGGGGUUCAACUCGGCGUCGGUAUUCAAGACGUGCUAUUCGUUAUCAGCGACCUAGGCCCGAAUGCUAAACAAGAAGGACCAAAAUGGGUAGUGUACGGUGUACUGCCGGACGUACUGAGCUGUGUCUGCGAUUUUGUUGUUUUCGCCCUCCCAUUAAAGUCACUAUGGGGGCUGCAGAUGCGAAAUCGAAAACGAAAGAUCCGAUUGAUCUUCACUUUCACAGUGGGCUUUAUUGCCUGCGUCCUGUCUCUUCUACGAAUCCUCGCUUGGAAGCUACCGGGUUAUAUCAAUGAAGCCCCCGAAGACACAUAUAUCCGAAGAGACGCAUUUGAACUUCUAUACCCUAUCGAGAUUACGUUCGGAAUUCUUGGUGCUUGCCUCCCGAUGCUGCGACCUAUAUUUCACCGUAAGGAGUACGGGAGCAGAUCGAGUGGGAACAGCUAUGCGAUGGGGCCGGUCCGGAACGCAGGCUCGCGAACCGCACUCACCCAGGACUCAGUCUAUGGUAACAACAACAGUUCACAUAGCAAGAGGCCUUCAGUUGGCCUUGAUGAGGAAGAAGCAACGUGGUAA